AUGGCUCUCGUUUCCGGGCUGAUUUCCCUUUCCGUACUUGACUUGUCCAACACUCUGGAGGAACUGUCUAACUACGACGAUUUCAACGAGGACAACCUCACGGCUAUGAAACUCGAGCUGAGCAUUUUCAAGGAUGUCGUCCCGGAAAAUAUCGAGUCACGAUGCGCAAAGCGUGUCGUUUCUAUCCCAAACGAUUACUCGAAUCAAGCUACGACUCGCGAGAUGGCCAGGUCCGUGAUCGGAUGGAUUCAAAAGUGGCGCAAAGAGCAAGCACUGAUUGCGACGGCAGAUGUGCUUCAAAAGGCACUUGAGUCAACAUUCCCGAACUUGGCUCCGCGACCUGAUCAGGCGAUUCGUGCCGACGACCGAACAAUCUAUCCUGUUGCGCUCGCCGCGGCACUGCCUGGCUGUGGCAAGACUAGGAUGUGUUUGGAGACGCUGCAAACUGUUGUGGCCCCAGCAUGCCGCUCCAUGACCCAACGGAUUGGGCAUGAAACGGUCUGUCUACCCGAGGUGCCGUACUUGUGCCUCUUUUUGACCUUCAAUGGCAGUUUUGGCACGGGCUGGACCCCAACAACCGAGGAGAAACGCCACCCGGAACAUGCCAUCGCCAAGCGGCUUUUGAGCAGCUACUUUGCAACCCCUGAGUUGGACACCGUGGCCAACAUUUCUGUCAAGGCCGCGAUGGAUCUGAUCCGCCGAACGGAAGCAACGAAACGCACCAUUGAUCCUGCCAAGCUUCACAUCUUUAUUGCGAUAGACGAGGCCACUCGUCUUCUCAAUGCGCGCGUUGAUCCCAAGUACGAGUUGGCGGAUUGCCAGAGCUUGCGAGCUGUCACGGGCGACAAAAAGCCUGAAGCGGACAUGCAACUUGCACGACGAUUCUGGGCUCAAGCUCUGGGUCCGCUGCAGGGUAUUUGCCGGACUUUCGGGACCCCAACGUGGAUGAUGGUUGCUGGCACCAAGUCGGAGCAGCUGAGCAGUGCGAUUUCUCGUGUACUCGGUAUUGGCUCCUCCAUCCCCGUUGCGCCGGUUGAUGUUGCUCCCCUGUCUGGGUCAGCCACGGCCAGCUUGCUCGAAGAGCUCGAGCAGAAAGCGCUCGCGGAAGGGCAAAUUGUGUCUCCCCACUGGCGGUUUGACGGACAAUUGAUGCGCAAGAUUCAAAAUGUGGCUGGUUUGCCCAGAUCUGUCAUUGCACUGGCCUCUGCAACAGCGGACACUCUCGGAAAAACCGAGAUCACCAACCAGCUGUUCCUCAAGCUCAUGUCACUCUGCGAUGACGGCCUGAACAGUCCUUGGGUCGACGCGACCAACGAAUUACUCAAGACGCUCAAAAGCUUUGAGUCAAUCGCCACGACUGGCCAGUGGCAAGGCUGGGAGCCGUUCUGUGUCACGAUCUUGAAUCUGCGCAUCUUGCUGGCGGUCGCGUUGGCUCUCAAAAAUAACCCCGAUGCUCGGUGGGUGUCGAUCCGAGCUGCUCUUCCUGGAACCGUCCCUGGCCCUUCUCCCCCCGACUUGUUCGUCAACGCGCAAGUUUGGAAGGCCGAACUUCACGCCUCAAUGGCAGGGCAAUCGACGCCAGCUCCGGCCGAAGGCCGCAUCACCCUCUGCCCUGAAAACCGGCAAGGUGUUGACGGCUGGGCCAUUGUCCAUGAGAAGAUCGAUUGCAAGCUGCAUCAAGUCGAGUCGACCUCGUCGCAUACAGACCAGAAUUUCUACCUGCAAAAGGCAAGAGCCGCACUGCCGACCAAGCAACGGCAGUCAGCGGUCGUGGCGUUGCUGACAACGUCGCGCAUGGCCAGGCUCAGCUCAAACAAGCUCGAACCACGAUCGUUUGUGUUGGAUCGAGACGGGAUGAAACAGUUCACUUCCGGCUUUAACGCUAUUGCUGACAUCGAGCAUCGUCGAUCAAGUUUGAGCGUGUGA